AUACCCACUAUUCAGGCCACGAAGAAAAGCACAACGACGGAAGUAAAGAAGACAAACCGGAACAUAAACAAAGGCUCAUCGUGACUCUAAAAGAGUGAUCCUGUGACACCUGUUUUUUUCUGGAUUAGAGAAAUGAAAACUGUCUCUCUGUUAGGGUCUGGUGUGUUGUGAUGUGAUGUCCGUGUUUGUACCGAUCACCAGCUUUGUGCGCAUGCGGCUCACAUGGAGAGGCUCUCUGCUGCUUAGACCCCCUCCCACUGGAUUCAGGUUUGUGUUGGCAGCCGGUAAAAAGGACCUGAUAGACCUUCCUGUCCUGGUCGAGGAUGAGCUCGAAGAGCAGUUUGUGAGAGGAUCUGGACCCGGAGGACAGGCGACCAACAAAACCAGCAACUGCGUGGUGCUCAAGCACAUCCCCACUGGGAUCGUGGUGAAGUGCCACCAGACCAGAUCUGUGGACAUAAAUCGAAAACGUGCCCGAGAGAUUAUGAGGGAGAAACUCGACGUUGCGUACAAAGGAGAGCUCAGUGAAGUUGUGACGAAGAAGAAGGAGUCUGUGCUCAGGAAGCAAGAAAAGAGGAGGAAGGCCAACGAGAACCUGGAGAGAAAGAGACUCUUCAAAGAAGCGCUGGCUGCAGACUCCAAGCCCGGAAAUGACACUGUAUGAGUGGUGUGUGUGUGUGUGUGUGUGUGUGUGUGUGUGUGUGUGUGUGUGUGUGUGUGUGUGUCGGUGAGGUCAGAGAUACUUGAAUGAUCCUGCACGUUGUGUCUGUAAAGCCUCAGUCUGAAGAAGUGCUGUCAGCUCUGAUAACAAGAUUUUAUUUGUUUAGCUUCAGACAGGCACAGUAUCAGUGUGUCAUAUAAGGAUUAAAAUAAAGUUAAAAAUCACUGA